AUGUUAAAGGGAAAGACGCAAAAAGAAUUACUUCAAUUGUCGAAGCAAAUCGUACAACCUUUGUUGCCUACAUUUCAUAAAGGGCAAGCCGGAAAAAUUGCAGUAAUUGGGGGAUCAGAGGAUUAUACUGGUGCUCCAUUCUUUUCAUGUCACUCUGCUGCUUUAAUUGGUAGUGAUAUGAAUCAUAUCGUCUGCGAAAAACUAGCAGCUCCGGUUAUUAAGCUGUAUAGCCCUGAUUUGAUGGUUCAUCCUUAUCUUUAUCAGUUGACAAAUCCAGAGAUUGCAUCUAUCUUGACCGAUGCAGAGAUCGACGAAAUGCUUAAGUUAUCUCCAGACGAUUUGUUGAAGCAAAAGAAUCCUAAAUUGAAUGGAAUAAUAGAUGACAAGGUGAUGCCGAAAGUAACCCUGUUAUUGAAUCGUAUAGAUUUAGUGAUUAUCGGUCCUGGCUUUGGAAGAGAUCCAUUAAUGAUGAAAUCGCUUAUUAGAAUAAUUGAGGAAUUAAGAGUUCUAAACAAACCAAUGAUACUUGAUGCAGAUUCUCUAUUCUUGCUAUCGCUCAAACCUCUGUUGAUUCAGAACUAUUCAAAUGCAAUUAUCACUCCAAAUGUGGUAGAGUUUGACAGAUUAGCUAAAGCAUUUAACAUUAAGAACUCUAUAUCAGAGACUGACCUUGAAAAGCUACUCAAAGCUACUACUGAGCUUUCCAAAAAGCUAGGCGACGUCGUUAUUGUCAGAAAAGGAGCUCAAGAUUUAAUAGUGAAACUGGACCAGUAUCUUGUAAGUGAUUUGGCAGGUUCAUGGAAACGAGUUGGAGGUCAAGGUGACACCCUUACUGGUACUUUAGCAGCCAUGGUAAAUUGGUCCAACAACUAUGACACCGAUCUUUGGGAAAUUAAAGAUAAAAAGUUUAGUCCUGAAGAAUCUACAUUAUUGGCCUGUUUCGCAGCCUCGGCUAUUGUUAAGAUGUCAAGUUUGAAGGCUUUUAAAAAGUAUGGAAGAUCAAUGCAAACUUCCAAUCUACAUGAAUUCUUGAAUGAAUCAUAUAAUGACGUUUAUGAAACCGGUGAUUUUGUAAAGCUUUUGAAACUAUAA